AUGAGGUCGCCACAGGCCCAUUAUUGCGACCUAUGUGGACAGGCAUGGCAGGACUGCAUUCAAUAUCCCUCCAAGAAUGCUUCUCGCAGGGGACAGACGGACUAUUACAGUGGCUACACCCAGGAGUACGAAGAGACACCGUGGGCAGGCCCUGCUUGGCGAGAGAGUCCAAGAAACAGUCCGAGAAAGAGCCCCCGACAACCGUCUGGAAGGAGGACCAAACAGAAGCCACAGAAAGGACAGGGCAAGGGUACCAGCAAAGGCAAGGAGAAGGGCAAUUUUGCUAUGGCCAGUCAAGCACAACAGACUGCAGCGCCGCCUCCACCUCCACCUCUUACUGGCCCCAAUGCGGCCCCUGCGCCAUGGAUGUCCAUGCCUCAACCACCUCAGGAGGUGCAGGCACAGGAGCAUCCGGCAGAGCAAAGGCUCAACGAAGUGAUGAACCUCCUCAAGAAGAAGAAGGGAGACCAGGACAUUCAGGAGAUUGUCAACAAGUACGAUUCCUUUGGAAAGAAGGCCACCAAGAAGCAGAUGCAUCAUGCAGUGAACGAUUUGGAUCGUGCUCGGAACGCGAUGGAAGACGCAAUCCAAGCCAGGACAAAUCUCAUGAACAAUUGGAGGAGCUUUCUUACGGCCUCGCUAGACAGAUGGAGGGAGUACACGGGCCAAUUCCAACAGCAAGAGGCAAAAUGUCAAGAGGAGAUUGCAAAGGCCAAAGAGGAUCUUGCGAAAGCCAAAGUGGAAUUCCUUGCCCGCAUGCCGGACGAGACGCAGGAGAUCUCGGACGAAGAUGUGGACAUCAAGGAGCAGAGCGAGGCAGCUUCCAAGAUCUUGGGCGGCAUGGAGAACAUGAACAGCAAUCUACUCGCCCUCACCGAGCAGGCUGCAAAGGACAAGGCAGAAGCAGAGGAACGCUCCAACAAGAGGCCAAGGAAGACGGCUUCAGGCAGCGCAGCCAUGGAGACCGACGCAGGCUCAAAUGACGUCAUCCUGCAAGAAUGGAAUCACUCCAUCGUGCAGAAAUGGUGGUUCAUUUCAACAUGGGAAGCAUCAGAACGUGCAUUGGCGCUUCACUGGGAAGUGUGCGAAGACACACCUCACUGUCCUCCAGUUCCCCGUUGGCAAGGUUUGGGUUUAGCCAUGCCAAAGAGGAGAGACCAGAAGGAACGACGUGUACGUUUUGCCAAUUUUGCUGAGGGUCUCUUUGAGGAUCAGUUUGGAGACACAUGGAAUCGAUUUGAUCUUUCACAUGGUGAUGAUUGUCAACAAGUAGGACCACAACCACACCCUACCGGUUCGAAGAAGCCGCUUGGUGCUGGUGCGUUCCCGUUGUGGAAUCCCUCUUGUUUGAACACAUCUUCUCAACAUCCACUUCAUCAACAUCGAAUCAAUGACGAGUGGCACAAUGUUCCUUCGCAAUGGCUCACACAAGAUGGUCUACCACAAGAUCAGGUUCCUGGAGAUGAGCAUUUCAAUUUGAAUGAGGCACCCAACACGAUUCAGGAGCUCUUCAACACCUUCUUGGAGCACCAUCUUGUUGAGGGGCCCAGACUUUCAGAAGCUAUUCACCUACGAACGUGGUAUCUUCAUCACGCACAUGUGCGACAGUGGAAUACGCCGCGCAUCAUAGAGUUGGAUGGACAUUGGCGGCACUGGGCACGCGACAUUGCAGAAGGCUGGCGAGACCAUGUUCGACUUGAUGAGGAUAUUGCCUUUCAUGUCUGCCAUCCUGACCCUCCUCGAAAUGUAGGUGCUCAGUGGGAGAUUUCCUUUGAUCUCAUUCUGGCACAGGGACUCGACAUGCCUUCUUGGUCAGGUCUCAUCACCGUCCUUAGAGUGGGGGAUCGUGCAAGUAGAGCAGAGUACAGUUUGGCGGCUGCUGCGGCCGCCCCUGAAGCAGAGACUGCCACCGGGGAUGUGCAGAUGGAUUAUGAACCAGAAGAACAGCAACAUGAAGGUUUUCAGGAUCAUGACAAUGAUGAACCACCUGAUGCGGAGUCCUCAUCAUCUGAUCUACCUCAUGAAUUGCAGGCAGUUCACAUUUUUCGACUUGGCCACUGGCCCAACUUUGGUCACAUCGAUUGGAGAUCCUAUCAUGCAGCGCUCCGAGAUGCAGCUCAAUUGGUUCGGGCUCACAUCAACCAUUUUGUCGGCUUUCACUAUGUACAUGUCAGCCUUGUGGGGCAUCAAGCAGGAGAAGAAGCAAUUAUACUUCAACACGUCAAUGACAUUGCGUUGGGCUCUUUGGAGAAGCUUGUCAUUGUGGAUACUGUCCUUCAUACCAAUCGCCUGAAUCAGGGCGUGCCAGACAAUCCUGCUGUAACCCGAGAGGUUUACAAGGUGCAACCGCAGUUGGCACGAAGACACCUUCUGCUGAUGGCACAAGUUGAUGCCUACUGCACAUGGAUGGCCGACACAUGCAUUGUUGAGCACAAUGGUCACAUUUGGCACCGUAAUGACCCUCAACUACGCCAAGUUGAACACGGAGCUGUCUUUCGGAUCCAGCUGCCACCACCUCUGAAUCCUGCAUGGAACAUUGGCCAAGCGGUUCGAGUUGCCCACGAGACCGGGGAGAUCCUCGACUUUCCGGAGGCGGGACAGCUCGCGCACUCCAUCUUGGAUGGCAAUGUGGAGCACAAUCGUCUUGAUUUUGGUGAAGUUGCUCGCGAUGGAGCGAGAUUGGUCACAUGCAAAGGAAAUGAUCAGGUUGAGGCCACUGACAUACCGACCACCUUUCCGCCGGGUACAAGGAUGCCCCGACUCAGACCCCGGCAUGAUGGCAAGUUUGAUUGGCUCGAUCAACUUGUUGACAUUUUCCGAGCAAAUGCUGAAGCUGAGACCAUUGAAGGUGAUCCGCUCUUGUACAUUCAGACUUGGUACAUUCAUCACCAGCGUCUUCGACGAUGCCCUGAUCCGCGGCCGCUACGGCUGGACAACGCCAUCAUUGGUUGGGUGGAAGAGCUGCGAUUUGCUUGGCGAGAUCUUCUUGACCGUCACAUUGACUUCAGCAUUCAUGUGGUAAGUCCCCGACCUCCACAACUUCGUUUUCAGGAUUAUGCCUGCCAUGUGAUUCUUGUGCAAGCACCACAACUACAUAGGGCUGCGGGCAUCAUCACAAACCUCUUUGAAGGACCUGACAGAGAUGCUAUUCAGCAGUUUGCACUCUCCUUCCCGAAGAGGAUCAACAAGCCCACUGUCAUUGAUGAAUUACGGCUACAGCCACAAUGCGACACACGCAGAUGCACAAUUCAUGCUUGUGGAGAACUGGUACAUCUGAUCUUGAUCACGGAGUUGCCGGAGGGCUUCAACCUGUGUACAAGAAUUUCUGAUCCUACACUACAAAGACCAAUACCUCCACUCGCUGAAACAGAGCACUUUGAAGAUGUCAUCUUUAUGCAGAGUGGCCAGCCACAGACAUCGUUGACGACUGCUACAAGUGCGAGUGCUUCCUCGAUGCCGAACACGGUUUGUGGUCCUUUUAUUUUCAAUGCUGAUGCACCGCCUUUUGUGCCUGGUAUACUUCCUAUUGAGGCCAUGUCGGAAUUUGUUCAAGAUCUACAUGACCUUUGGCUACAGGAAGCAUUCAAUUGGGAAGAUGAGGAAAAAUCUUGCACCUUCACUACGUGGCUUGCUCAUCACCCAAAUGACUACAAACAUUGCACUCGACCACGCAAUGUGCGCCUCUAUGAGAGCUUUGCGAUGUGGGAGCAGACCAUACGUCAAACAUGGCAAGAUGAAAUCGAGGCUGACUCCGAUCUUGAAUUUCAUUUGGUGUCUCCCACCCCACCACAUUUAGGAGAGCACCUGCUCCUGGAGGACGUCCUUGAGAUUGUGGGUUAUGGUGGAGCCUGCAUCCCUCACAAUGAGGAGAGACAUGACGAAAUUGCCACAGUUGCUGUUCAGCUCUUACGUGGCCAUGAUGACAUUGGACCCCUUCCCUCCUUUGUGGAGAUUGUCGCUCCAGCAACUGUUGAGAGCGUCCAGGAAGAGUUGUCCUGUUUUGGCAUUCAAUGCCAAGUGUCUUUACUUGGCCAUGGUAAUCACGCGCUUUGUUUGCCCACUGACUGGGUCCCAGAUCAUGAAGAACAUCAUCUUGCGUAUGUGGACAUGAGUGCUCCAUCCAGCUCUGAUGUCCUUCUGCAUACGGUGAAGAAGCUGGAGAAAGAAAGAACCCUUGACCACAUGCGCUUCCUUUAUGGACUGGGUUUUGAGAAGGCAGUGAUUAUGCAGGAGAUUGAACAUUUCAGAGGCCUUGUGGAGGUUCAAUUCAUGGUUUCUGUUGGACAUCUUGAAUUUGAUUCUCGACCACCCAAACCAGCCUCCACCUGGCCGAGUCGGCAACCACAGAUCAAUGACGGACCUAUGUAUGAAGUUCCGUCGACUAGUUCCACACCAGCAUGUCUCCUGGCUCUGGGGGUGACGAGUGACCAACUUCUUGAGUUCUUUUCACACUCACAAGACCAAGUAUUGUGCCAGCUCAUCGAUGGCUUUGACUUUCCUGAGGUCGUACAGCAGCACCUUCAACGACUCUCACCCAUUGACCAUGUUGACCGCAUUAUCAUUUACACAGAUGGCUCAUCACACUCUGGUCGCUAUCAUUUAGCGCCUGAGCUGGUGGAGGAACAGCAUAUUCCAGACGCAUGGGCCUUCGUGGCGUUGGGAGAGCAGUAUCAUGAUGAUGGUUCUACUUACACCCUCCUGGGGUGGAAAGCCCACCAGGUCAGAUGUGCUGAAGACCACCCCUGGCACAUCGGUUCCCGUGCUAUUGGACCAUGGGUUGCAGAAAGGGAGGCGAUGAUCUGGGCUUUUUUAUGGAGGAUUGGCUUGAACCGGAGAACCCCAACUCUUUUCCGGUCUGAUUCAUCCUUGACGAUUGGACAAGCUGAAGGUACGCUAGGUCCCAGAGAGACAUGGAUGCACCCCAAUGGAAGGGCUUCACAUCAAAUCGACUUUGUCAUGGUCCCCACUCACAUGGCAACUUCCUGUACGUUUUCGAGCCUUUUGGAGACCUUUGAUCUUGGGAACCAAGUGGAAGACCACACGGCUACGGCCUUGGAACUUCACUGGUCACAGCUGCUCUCCAGACCGCUCAAAGCGACCCCUUUCUCUGAGAAGCCGACCUUUGCCAGAGAACGCAUCAAACAGGCCAAUUUGAGAUCGGGUUUGAUGUCACUAUCCACAUCAGUGUGGACGUGUGAUGUUGAGACGCACACGAGCCACAUGAACAAUCAACUCCAUCAUCUCUUGCAUCGGUCCUGUCCUCUACCGAAAGGGACCCCGAAGCGAUCUUAUGUGUCUGAUGAUGCAUGGGAUUGGAGAAGGCAGAAGCUGCACCAUCGGAAGGCCAUGAAGACUGCAAGGGCCCUUUUGCGCAGAGAAACGCUAGCACGCAUCUUUGCAGCCUGGCGAGCACCCUCUGCGCAACUUCUGGAGCUAUCAUUUGUGUUUGGUUCUACACUUCGAUGUGGCCUCUUUAAGCACUACAUUGGUUUCAGACGCUCUGCUGCAGCAUUGCAGCGAGAUUUGGCAGCUGCGAAGUCCCGUCAUCUACAUGAAACUCUGGCCACGAUUGAUGAGGGAACAGCUGCUUCUGAGAUCCAACACAAGUUGAAAGGAUUCAUGGGAUCUUCCAACAAGCUACGUCAAGGCCUUGCACCUUUACCAGCUUUGCGAAACGCACACAACCUUCCCUGUGAACGUGUGCCUUUCUCGCAAUUGCAUGCGGAAUGGGUUAGGCAACUGCAAGACUUCAGUGAAACGGCACAGGUGCUUUCGAUCUCUGACCUUCCAAGCUUGAGUGCUUUGGAAGCAUCCUGCCGACGAGUCAAAGCAGGCAAAGCUGAUGGACCAGAUGCCAUUCCGACAGAACUUUGCAAGUUCUACCCUGUUGAGACGGCUCGCAUGAUGUAUGCCCUCAUGAUGAAGCUUGUCACACAUGGUCAUGAGCCUCUCCUCCACAAGGGUGGCACUGUCAUCCCCAUUUGGAAGGGAAAGCUCGCCAAAGACACGUGCGAGGCGUACCGUUCCAUUCUGCUGUCCUCGACUUUGGGCAAAGUUGUUCAUCGGACGUUGAGAAUCCACCAAAAGGACAUCUAUGAAGCCUACCUGCAUUCACAACAGCUGGGAGGACGAUGCCAUGUCCCUGUCACUUUGGGCGCACAUCAGACGCGAGCUUUUGUCCGAUGGCAUCGUGAUUGUGGGCAUCCCACCGCAGUGCUGUUUGUAGAUUUACAGGAAGCAUUCUAUCGAGUGCUUAGGCAGCUCGCCUUGCCUGGCUCCUUUGAAGAUGAAGCACUUGCCAAAUUGGCACAGAGGCUCGGCUUAGGACCAGAUAUCCUACACGAGCUCUGGAAGCACCUGCAGGAACCCUGUGCUCUUGACAGAGCAGGUAUGCCUGCUUGUGCUCAACGAGUUGUUAGAGCGCUCCACUCCAACACGCACUUUCAGAUCCCACAACAAGAUGAUCAUGUUCAGACGAAGCUUGGCACUAGACCAGGUGAUGCAUAUGCAGACAUUGUUUUUGGGUUCUUGCUAGCGCGUGUCCUACACUCCUAUGAAGAGCAGCUGGCGCAAGCUCAAGUCCUAUCCAGUGUCCCUAGCCAAGAAGGGAUGGAGCUCUUCAAUGUGGAGGUCCAGCAGAAUGCAGAGAUGUGCCGGUUUCUGGGCCCAGUCUGGAUGGAUGACAUGGCGCUAUGCCUUUGGAGCGAGACGAAUGCUGGUCUCAAAGCGAAGAUCGGGGUCGCUACGAGCAUCUUACUGGACAUUUUCAGAGAACAUGCAAUGACACCCAAUCUGCGUCCUGGCAAGACGGAGCUUAUGGUCAGCCCGAGGGGGCCAGGCACUCGAGCAUGGAAGAAAGAGAUGUUUGGACCGCUCUCCACGAAGCACUUUCCUGCGAUUGGAGAACAUGGCCUUUAUCAUGUUCAUUUGGUGACCUCCUACACGCACUUGGGAGGAGUGAUCCACUACACAGGAGAAGUACGGGCUGAGGUGAGGAGGAGAGUUGCCAUUGCUCAUCAAGCGUUCAGCAAACAUAGGAAGCUGGUGUAUCAAUGCCGAGCUUUUUCGCUGCACAAGAGAGCUGAAAUCUUUCGCAGCUUGAUUUUGAGCCGUUUGCUGUAUGGUGCUGACUCUUGGGCAUUAUGGGACUCCCAUUCAAAGAUGAAGCUCCACUCUGCCAUCAUGAAGCUCUAUCGCCGCUUGUUGGGUAGUGCCCACAACGCUCACAUGCAAGACGAUGAGAUUCUAUGGCGUGUGGGGCUCUCUUCACCUACGGACCUAUUGCGCCUCUGCAGGUUGCGGUACAUUGGCUCUCUCUGUGCCAUAGGCCAUACAGCAUGCUGGGGGCUGCUCAACAAGGCAGAUUUGUCCAUUUUGCUGCAGAUGCACCUUCAUUUGGAUGCAUGCUUUGUCAGCGACGAUGCCGAUCAAGGGGUGGUGAAGAUUCAACCAAUCCGACACUACAUCGCUGGUACCCAGUGUGGGGCAUGCUUGAAAGAGUACCACACGGCGGGACAGAUACAGCAGCACCUUUUGCGCAGCGCCGACUGUCGCACCUACCUGCUACACCAUCGCCUUCAAGGAAACGUUCUUCCUGGUAUUGGCUCUCGUGAAGAUGCACUUCGUCGGCAGGAACAUGAUGGACGCUUGCCACCUUUACAAGCUAGCGGUCCCACGAAGCCAUGGAGAGGAGGACUUGAUUUCUCCCUGAUUGACUUUGACUUGCACGAUGCAUUGGCGUUAGUCAUUGUGGAUGCGCAAACCAACCCGGAUAUUGCGGGCCUGGAAGUUUGUCUUCGUGCGGAGAUCCUUCGCUGGCCUACGUCUUGGACAAGAUGCAGGGCUACCCUUGGCGAGCUCGCAGACACUGUUCUCCAUGAGCAAUUGGGUUGGGAGGCCUUGUCACGCGAUGACGUCCUUGCUCUUCUCCAUCGUUUGUCUACGACCUCAUCGUGGCCCUUCCUGGUUGAUGAGCAGGUGCCAGACGAGACCUAUAUGGACACUUUGGAGAACAUGGAGAAAGAUUGUCGUGAAGAGACGUUGAGUUGUCCGCCAGCAGGGACCCCUUCAGUUCCACGCAUGUGUGGUCGACAUCAGAUCGUUUUACAUGCUUUCAGCGGCCGUCGCCGCCCGGGAGACCUGCAAUUUUACAUGGAGCAGAUGUAUGAUCGGGCUGCAGAAGGCAUUCACUUGACGGUGGUUUCUCUUGACAUUGUUACUGACCCUGUUCUGGGCGACGUCACUGUCCAAGAGACGCAGGACUUCUGGUUUCAUCACGCCUCAUGCGGUGCUGUGGCGGGCUUCCUCUGUGGCCCUCCAUGUGAGACCUGGAGCCGCGCUCGUUUUGUUGCAAUGCUCAAGACCACCUCGCAGCGCAGGAGCCCACGGCCAGUUCGUUCAGGAGAAGACUUGUGGGGACUUUGCUCUCUCAGUCUUAGGGAAGCCAGACAGGUUGGCGUGGGGAAUCUUUUGCUAUGCUUUGCACUGGAGAUGCUUUUCAGACUGGCACUGGUAGGCGCCAGCGGUGUGUUGGAGCAUCCUGACACGCCUCCAGAUGAAUCAAUGCCGUCGAUCUGGCGCUUGCCCAUCAUGCUGUGGUUAUUGCAGAUGCCAGGCAUGAGCACCUUCUCUUUCAGCCAGGGCCUUCUUGGAGCACCAACACCCAAGCCGACGAGACUCCUGGUUCUGAAUAUGUGUGAUUUGAUGGGUGAGCUGCGCCGACAUCACCUUUGCCGAGAUCUCCCUGCGCGCGCGGCAAUUGGGCGUGAUGAGGACGGAGCAUGGCAAACGUCCAAGCUCAAGGAAUAUCCACCUGCAAUGAGCCGAGCUCUUGCGUCCAGUUUUGUCAGGACCCUCUCAGCAUGCCAGUUUGAGGAAACUGUGCAGCUGGAUGAGGCCUUUGUAAAGAAAUGUGCUGCCAUGGACACAAAGUCCUUUGGCACGAAGAUUGGCAUGGACUUCGCUGGCCAAUCUUGA